ACAAUAACUUUAUUUUAUACGAAGAUAAUGGAAGCUGAACAGCCAACAGUGCCUACAGAAGGUGUUGUGUCUGAAGAGCCAAGAACAGAAGCGGUAUUGGAAGAGCAACAUAAAGAAGAAGAUGGAGGAAAUGACUCCAAAAAGAAAGAGAAAAGAGUUUCAUUUGAACCAAAAGAUGAAGACACAGUUGAAGAGGCUAAUAAAGAAACUAAUCAGGAACCGAAAGAUGGAGUCCAGCCAAAAGAUGAAGAACCGUCUACAGUAACGAAAGCUGUGAUGUUUGAAGAGGCAGAAGCACAGGGGGCCGAUGAGAUGUCAGUGGAUACAGUCUUAGAUGCAGUGUCAGAGGUAGGCUCAAGAAAUGAGGAACAGGAUGCUGAAGAAAAAGAAAAAGAAGAGAUACCAGAAACUUCAGAAGAGCACGAAGGAGUUGAGAAUGUAGAAAGAAAACUAACGGUUGAAGAAAUCGAAGCCAUAGAACGUCAGAAACGCAAGCAGAGGCUACAAGAAAACCAGCGAACAAGAGAAAGAAUCAUCAAGGCGUUCGAUGCCUACAAGCAAGAGGCUAAUGAAGCUCUCACAACAAGUACAUCCAAGGAAGUAUUUCAAUCAAACGUUAAUUCACUGCUUCAGGGCACAUAUGAUGAAAUGAUGUUGGACGAACUUGAAGAUGCUGAAUCGGUUUUAUCGCUCGCCUCAUUAGUCUCAAUUCCCUCCAACGCAGUGACUCACAAGGACGAAUUUUUAGAUAAUUUUGGGGAAAUGAUUCACGUUUCGGACAUAUCGUUGGAUGUGGAGUCCGAGGAAGAACCUGUUCUAUUGACACCCGUAUUAAGCAAACGGCGUACUGAAGAAGAUGGCCAAUUUGUGGACCCGUUAACCGGUGAGCCAGAUUCCGAAUCAGAGGAAGAGGAAAUAGAAACUGGACCCGAGCUAGACAAAGUAGACAUACCAGAAGAGGAGCAGGAACUAGAAUCAAGCGAUUUGGCAGAUUUCGAAUCGGCGAUAAUCCUCCCAGCUGUUACGUUCGCGGACGAAGCCGAUACUUUUGAUGUAUUGAAAGGGUUGCAAGAAACGAUUCCCAUAGAGGAUAGGGAAUCGGGGCCCACAUAUGAUGAACAUGCCAGGAAACUCAAGACUGAAAGGAUUGUAAGAGAUUUUAUUCAUAAUAUGAUAAAUCGUGUGGUCAAUCAUGUGGAAUAUAUGGAUCCACGUGAAGUAUUAUCAAAAAGCCUAAGCAUACCGAAGCUAUAUAGCGAUCUGGAGAGAGUACUUAGUGAAUAUAUAUCGGAAAGGAUGUUUAAUGAGUGCAUUGGUUCAAAAGUCGUCGAAUUCUUCAGACGCGCCAAAAUGUUUCGCGCCCUUUCUGCCCUUCAUCCCGAAACAAAAGUGCAGGAGCGAGAGAGAUAUCGUAAAGCCCUUCUCCAGCUCGACCACUUGAAGAAAAUCGAAAAGUCUACCAAACACCAGUGCAGUUAUCUGAUGGCCAGCGUUUGGAUGGAUAUCACGAGUAACCAAACAAUUUGCUUCGAUACGGACGACCGUUUUUCCGAGGUGGUACGAAAAACAUUGCUGCGCAAGGACUCGGAGCAUCUAAAGCGGGUCAUUGAUGUGGAACUGCGCCGCAUGAUAAAUGUACGGAAUCAAAUCAGCGAUGUGCGCAUCAAGCUAAUAAGCAGAAAACACACGGAGGGUCGCCUUCAUGAGCGCUCGGCCAAAUUUGAUCAAAUUACCGAAGAUCUAACCAUGAAUCACUUCCUUGCCGUGUAUCGCGAAGUUCAGACUAUGGAUGAACUGGCAGAGGAACAAAACCUCGAGAUUACAAGGCUACACAGUCAGGUUAAUAAGGAGCUCCACAUGCUGAUGCAUAUGCGCGAGAAAACGGACAUGAUCAAGGAAACGCUUGGGCACGAUAAACUCAAUUUACAGAAAAAGAUAUGCGAAAAGGAGGCAAUGCGUAAGCAAUUAUAUAGGGCCGAGAUGGAACAUGGAAAUAAUAAAAAAAUUAAAAUGGAAAUACAUCAUCAGGGCGGCUUACUGUUCAAUCCUAAGCUGAUGUACGAUUAUGAUAAGACCAUGGACUAUGUGAACGGAAAACGCGCCUCUGUGCAGAAAUUGAAGAGAGUUAUGAGACACUUGGAACAGAGGAUCCGUAAUGUCGAAGCCAAACUCCCAAUUGAACCAACCAGGAAAGUUUGAUUUUAUAGUUCUUUGAUCUGUUGGCUUUCCACGUUGAAAUUCAUUGAGAUUACUUGUUACAUAAAAUCAAAAUAAACCCUAAAACA